AUGGUGCGCGGUGGUGGCAUCCCUGUCCGGCAUGGUUCGUGCGUGGCCCACGUGCGGUCCGUCCAGGAGGCGGCAGAGCUCAUGGCCAAGCUCGGCGGGCAGGGAGAGAUGCAGCAGCUCAAGGAGUUCCAGUCCGUGCUGGACGAGGCGCAGGGUUGCCUCGGCCUCGACAGGAAGGUCCAGACGGAGGACGUUCGGCGAGGCUUGGUGCAACGGGGACAGAAUGACCUCGCGAAGGACUUCGUGCUCUGGCGGCAGGGGUGGCGCGCGGUGGCCCAUCCACCAGCCGCAAGUUUGCCGCAGAAGGUGCUGCAGGCUCUUCGCAAGCCGCUCAUGGAGGGCAGCGGUGGUGGCAUCUCCAUGGAGUCGGCCUCCUCUGAGGACGUUGCCCUCGACGAGGAGAGCGAGCUGUUCAAGCGGGCCUCCAGCAAGUCGACAUCGACGGGUGCCCAACCCAAGUUUUUCGACAUCGGCUCGGAGGAGGAUGUCGCCCCGAAUCCCAAAGUGCUGGAAGACAUCAAGGACAUUCUUCUUACGCUGCGAGCAGACAUUCUCAGCCUCCUCGCCCCGAAGGUCAACCAGAGCACGAUGACCAUUGCUGGCGAGGUCAUGGCAGGGGGGGCCUCAGAAUCUGCUGGCGCAGCCAAAGACGAGCAGGCAUCUGACCAGUACGACGGCCUCUCCACUGAGGAGGCCUCGGAGGUUGGAAGCUUCAACUACAACGCCGCUUCAGCCUUGGACUUGAAACCGCAGCCGCCUCCAGGAGCUGCCCCGCAGACGGGGGUGGAGCUGGAGGGUGCUCAGGAGGAGUCCGCUGGUGCAGCCGACGGCGAACAGCUCAACCUCAGGACCGCCAUCCCGACCACCGAGGAUCCGUUCUCGCUCGCGGUCAAAGCCCGCCUCCAGGCCUUGCGGGUGAGUGAUGCGUCCAAGAAUGAGCUAGCGCACCUUUUCGCCACGAGCCUCACCAGGAGAGCCUGCGGCAAGCCGCCCUGCCCUGCCGUCCAGCAUGGCGUCCCCAAGGAGGACGCCAAGUGA